AUGAUAUCCCAAUCUCUUCGCAAACACGGGUCCACCAUCAACACAGCCACGGCGCAAGAGCAAAAGAAAUGCCCCACGCUACAACAGUACUGGCAGAUGGAAUGUAGAGCGUUUGUAGGUAAGACAACAGACGCACUACUACACCCCCCGUGUGCAGGGAUACGCCAGCCAGAAGACAUCCCGUACCUGGAGUACUGUGAGAAGGCCAAAGCGGAGCACGGCGAGUUUGUGGUGGACAAGAUCAAGAAGAAGGGACUCUUCGGAGACGAGAAUGCGCUCAUCCUGAUUGGUGUAGCCCUGCAUGCCAAUCUAAGAAGCUUCAAGGUAAAACGGGACUACAUUGAGCCGAUGUAUAAGGCUUGGGAACGGGCAGGCAAGAAAGCGACUAUCGUGUGGCUGUCGAUGCAUUCGCAGGACCAGAGCAAAAAGUUGAAGCAUUUCAAGCAGUCGCAAAACGACGAGCGCGUGGCGGCCUUUAAUGGACCUAUUAACCGGCUGGUCAGAGGCUACGGAUGGAAGGUGUUCGACUCGUUUGCCUUAACUCGGGGAGCGUACAGCUACGAUGGUACACACUACGACACCACGGUGAACUAUCUCAAGGCGGCGUAUAUCAUGGAGUGGCUGGAGAAUAACGCAGACGCGCAAAUCUGAGAAUAAAGUUAAAUACGUGUUUG